AUUCCGGAGGAUAUUCCGCCGCAUUUUCUGGAAUAUUCAAUGCAUCGGCGAGGAGUCGGAAAUGGGCUUCCUGGCUCAAGAAUUGGCUUAGGCGCAGGGAUUUUUCAAACGCCUUCUUGAUCGCGGGAAGGGAAGUCGUGCAUUGGAGCAGGUUGUUUUCAGCCCAUAGCUCGUUGACGAUGCUGUUACAAAGCGUGUCGAGCUUCAAUCGUCCGCCCAGCAGAUACAGAUCUACUAAGUCUUCGUCCAGCCACUUGAUGCUCUUCUCCGGCUCUUUGCUAUCACCUUCGACCAACCUGUCGACGUCCCGUUUCUGCGCGCUCCAAUCGUCCUCGCUCUUGCCCAACACGUCUGCCGUAGGCUCAAUGAGUUCACCUGUAUACAGCCAGACUUGGAACAUUCGAAAGAUUCGUUCGUCUUCUGCAACAAGCUCGAAUGCAUCGUCGCCGUCGCUUCCAGGAGUUUCGGACAUCGCUCGCGGAGAAUGCCAAUAUGGAGGACGAAUGGAGUUCGUUCGGCGCCUACGUAGAUGGUUACUGCAUCGAGAUAUCGGGCACUGCAGGUCCAUCAGAAGGGUCAGUAUUGGAAGAUGCAGAGAGUGAUACUACGCGGAUCCAGAUUCACGCAGAUCGUCGAGCCUGGACUUCUUGCUCGGCUGGUCAGCUCCGCCGGUAUUGCUGUCAGAUAUCGGACGUUUCCUUGGGCUUCUCCGGGCCGAUGAGCUUGCCAUUGUGGUUGCAGUCAAAGUGGAAGUACUUGAGAAGGAGGAGGAGGAGUAGGAGGCUCGGUUGCGACGGAGAAGUCCGCCAAACGCCAAGACCCAAUGCUCCUCCACUUUGCCGGGCAACGCCAGCCUCCAACUUCUUCUCCUCCAUCUUCAUCACUCACCACUACGACUACGAUACGCCCAAGCAGCAAGUACACCAUUGUACAGACAUCGGAGCUCAACGGGCCGGGUCUAUGCCUAUGUCUUUUGGGGGUAUGGCCCAGGGAGAUGAUUCAAUCCUAACAUACACCGGCGGUCGAAGGCAGCUAGAUCAUACAUGUCUUGGCACUUCCGCAUCCAUAUGGCUUUCAUCCACAGAAGAAAGAGGACUCAUAAGGCAUCGGAAAGAAGGAUUCUCCAUCUUUUCCGCCGGCGGAGAACUUCUCAUUGGCAGCGCAGCUGCCAAUCUAGACACCGCGGCCACCGCCCGCGAAAAUCCAAAAAUUUCGCAGAAGUAA